AUGACUGCGACAACCACCAUCAAUCUCAUCAACCUAUGCAGCUCCAUAUCAAAGCGCGCAGCAUCUUGUGCAGCCGCCGCAGAUAAUUUAACCGAACGAGUCAACAGCGAUGAACAGCAUGUUCUCGAGCUCAAGCUCAUAUCAUCUGGUCUUGACCAACUGAAGACCAACAUCACCGAGUUGGAAGAACUCCUCCAUGUCAAACCCGAAGGCCCUCGAUUCCAAGACAUUCGCAAUACUCUCACUCCGCUCCUGGCUACUUACGAAACAACAAUUGAAGUUCUGCGUAUGCAACUGAGCAGCUGGCAGCCAAAAUAUGUCACAGGAUCGGAUAGUGAAUUCUUGAAGGCACAUGAAGACUGUCUUACUGUCUAUAAUGAUGUUCUUGAAGUAUUUACUCGCCUCAUCAGAAAGGAUCAGACUUUAGGCCCAAUUGGCACGACUUAUUUCAUUCAUCAAGCCGAGGAAGUAGUGAAAUCGGCUAUGAACAAGAGACUUGUCAAACCGGAUACAGAUACUGUUCGAGAUGCUGCCAUGCCCAACAGCGAGAAAGCCCCUAUUGAGGAGAAAGAGGUUGCACCGCCUUCGUAUUCAGUGCCUGCAACAUCAACAACGACAUCGUCGGCAAUAGCAUCACCGUCAAUAGUCUCACCACCGCUCGCUCAAAGCCCCGUAAACAACUGUCGUCGCCCCAAAGGCUCAUCGUUCUUCAAAGCCCUCACAUCAGGCUUCCGCAAACAUGAUCCAUUGGUCUCAACACUCUGCCAAGCCGCCAUUCGUGGGGACGAGCAACAAGUCUCAGGGCUGAUCUCCCAAGCCGCGAACGUCAACGGUCGCAACGAAGAUGGGGAUACACCACUGAAGUGCGCCAUAAGAUAUGAUCAAGUUGGAACUGCUCGUCUUCUUCUGCAAGCUGGAGCACAAAGUAAUAAGCUACCGGCUUUGUUCAAGGCUGCUUCCGUUGGAAGUCUCAAGAUCGCUAGGAUGCUUAUUGAUUCAGGGGAGAGUGUACACAGCACAUCCAAGACUGGGAAGCCAUACUUUGUUGAUGUUGUUGCUAAAGGCAACAUGGAUGGUAUCCGAUUCUUACUCGAAAAUGGCGCUCCAGUCAAUGCCAAGAAUGAAAGACGCGAGGAAGUUAUUGUUCAGGUCGUCAAGACGGACAACAUCGAGGUCACUCGUCUUCUUCUCAACCACGGCGCCAAUGCAAAUGCCAAGGAUGCAAUAGGCGAAGAGAUCAUUGUAUACGCCGUCAAAAAGGGCACUGUCGAGCUUGCUCGUCUCCUCCUCGAUCAUGGCGCCGAUCCCAAUGCCGAAAGUGUCAUCAAACAUUCCAUCCUUUACACCGCUGUCCAAAGCGGUAAUGCCGAUAUGGUCGGACUACUCCUUGACAAAGGCGCAAGUGUGAGACUGUUGAAUAUCCUUGGCACUAGUAUUCUAGAGGCUACUAUAGGAAUGAAACGACUCCAGAUUGUUAAGAAACUUAUCGAGGGGGGUGCCGAUGUUGAUGGUACAGAUGCGCUUCAGCAACCUAUUCUGAUCAAGGUUAUCAGGAAUCCGUUUCUGAACAAUGAUGAGAAGGUUGAGAUUCUGAAGAUGCUAAUGGAUAAGGGUGCGAGUCCUGAGACUGUCGAUAUAACCUUUGGACUACCUGCUAUUUGUCACGCUGUCGAAAUGCCCAGUACUCCGGUGGUACAAGAGAUUCUCAGUCGAGGCGUGAAUACCAAGGUCCGUAUGAUCUCGGGUCAGACGCUUCUCACAUACUCUAUCGAUGUCAAUCGGCAGAACACCGUUGAGGCGCUCUUAGCGUCAGGUGCUGAUGUAAACGAGGUUGAUGGACUGAACAGAACGCCUUUAAUGCUGGCGCUGUUGAGGUUGGACUAUAACCUGACGAAGAAACUGAUAGAUUACAAUGCUGAUCCAACAGCCAAAGAGAAUCAAGAAGCUGUCAAGUUCAUCAAGGCUGUUGGAAGAAAGGAUUUGCAGGAACUUCUAAGGCCAAGGGAGGCAGAGGCAGGUCCUUCAGCUCCGGUUGUUCGACACGAGACCGAACUGCCUACGUCUGAGGCACCACCGCCUUCGUAUGAGCUUGUCGCUGGAAAGGUCUAA